AUGCUGGCGACGGCAAGCUCACUCCACCGAGGGAUCUCGCUCCUUACUCACUCCACUCAACACCAUCAUCAUAAAUUGACCACAAUAUUUAAUGUUUAUGUGUCAUGAUGAGGACAUUCAGUAAAACAGGUAUAAAUUCUUUAAAGAAAGUGCUAGUUAUGUGGUCAGUCUUAUUUUAUAAUCUUUUUAUUUAUUUAUUUAUUUUUAUUUUCCCCUCUUGUGCUGUGACUGGUGCAUGUGUUGUAUAUUGGUGCAAUAUAACUCCACAUUGCGUCAAGGCUCCAGUCUAAAGUUUGCGUUUUGCAGGCGGUCGUGCCUUGGUUGGACCCUACGGCUAGAGAGACAUCAGGACGCCACUUCAUCCUCAGUGGACUCCAAGCCUAAGGAAAAUGGACAUACAUCUUCAAAAGACAGAAAAGAUAAAGAUAGAGACCGAGAAAGAGAUAGAGACAGGGACAAGGAGAAGGACAAAGACAGAGAUAGAGACAGGAAGGAUAAAGACAAAGAUAGAGAUAGAGACAGGGGUAAGGACAAAGACAGAGACAAGGACAGGGACAAAGACAAAGACAAGGACAAGGACAGGGACAAAGAGAGGAGGAGACGGUCUCGCAGCAAAUCUCGCGACCGUGACCGCAAAAAGAGAAGCAGGUCAAGGGAUCGCAAGAAAAAGUCCCGGUCGCGCUCCAGAGACCGUGAGCGCAGGAGGAAAUCACGCUCGAAGUCACGGGACCGGCGCCGCAAGUCACGCUCCAGGGACCGGCGCCGCAGCAGGAGCAGGAGUCGUGACCGGCGGCGCAGGAGUCGUAGCCGUGACCGUAGAAGGAGCCGUAGUAGGGACCAUCGCCGCUCCAGGUCCAGAAGCAAAACCCCCAAACAGGAGUUGUCGGUGGAGGAAAGGGAUGCCCGAACUGUCUUCUGUAUGCAGUUGUCAUCCCGUAUCCGUUCCCGUGAUCUAGAAGACUUCUUCUCAGUGGUUGGGAAGGUCAAUGAUGUCCGCAUCAUCACAGACACAAAAACUCGUAGAUCUAAAGGAAUCGCUUAUGUUGAGUUUUGUGAUGUCGAAUCCGUGCCAUUGGCUCUUGGACUAUCAGGACAGAAGAUUCUCGGUGUGCCCAUUGUGUGUCAGCCAACCCAGGCUGAGAAGAAUCGUGCUGCAUCCUCAGCAGCUGCUCAGGACCAGAAGGUUGCGUCAGGCCCUAUGAGGUUAUAUGUCGGGUCUCUGCACUUCAACAUUACCGAAGACAUGCUGAGGGGUAUCUUUGAGCCUUUUGGGAAGAUUGAUCAUAUCCAGUUAAUAAUGGACUCGGAAACAGGACGGUCCAAAGGUUAUGGCUUUAUCACAUUCCACAAUUCAGAUGAUGCCAAGAAAGCACUCGAACAGUUGAAUGGCUUUGAGCUGGCUGGGCGUCCUAUGAAGGUGAACCAUGUCACUGAGCGCUCAGAAACUCAGCAGGGCUCCUCACUCCUUGAUUCGGAUGAAAUGGAAAGAGCAGGCAUAGAUUUAGGUGCAACCGGCAGACUUCAACUAAUGGCCAAGUUAGCAGAGGGCACAGGUCUUCAGCUCCCUGCUGCAGCCGCAAAUGCCUUACACAUGCCUGCACAACCCCAGCAGCAGCCUGCACCACCCAUUGCCACGCAGUGUUUCCUGCUCUCCAAUAUGUUCGAUCCUUCCACGGAGACGAAUCCAAAUUGGUCUGAUGAAAUUCGUGAUGAUGUCCUUGAAGAAUGCAACAAACAUGGAGGUGUUCUACAUAUAUUUGUAGACAGACAAUCAGCCCAGGGAAAUGUGUAUGUCAAGUGCCCUACCAUAGCCACUGCUGCUGCCUCUGUCAAUGCCCUACAUGGGAGGUGGUUUGCUGGCAAAAUGAUAACAGCAGCCUAUGUGCCAGUGAUGAGCUACCAUUCCCUCUUCCCGGAGGCCAUGACUGCAUCCCAACUUGUGUUCCCUCGAUGAAGAGCCUUCACCAUUCACUUCUUGUUUGAAGUCAUGGCUUGGUUUGCAGUCAUCAAUUGUUGUGAUUGCAACAGUUUGUGUGAUAUUUUUUUUUUCUUUUUUCUUUUCAAUAUGUCAGUGCUGGUCAUUUUGAUCACCUGGAGUUAGAUUUUGUAAUCCCCAUAAAUCAUGUGUGGAGUGUUUAACUUGUUGAAAAAUAGUUUUAGAGUGGAACUAGAGUGAUGGAUGAUCCUGAGGAAAUAUUAUCUGUAACAUUGUUUGGUGUACAACUACCUCCAAAUGAAAUUAUUACUACUGUUAUGGUAUUUUUGGGGCAAUCUAAAUCUUAAGUUCAAAAGUCAUAGUUCCAUUAACGCUGUCUUGUAAUGAAACACUCGGCGAAGACCAGGAAGGGAGUCAAGAGUAGUUUUUAGUCAAUAUGAUGCUAUUUUUGCAGAUGAUUAUCAUAGAUAUUUUUAAGUUGUGUGAGAAUACCACGUGCACAUUGUGAUUACUGGUCGAGUGUAUAUAUGUACAGCAGGUAUGAUAUUUGAUCCAUGCACUUCCAAGUCAUAAUAAUGUGUUUAUAUUAAUACAUAUUCUUGAGCAAA